AUGGGUUUCAAGAAGAGGACUCCAAUUGAUAUUGGUGAUGCCGUUGUUGCUUCGAAGCUGGCGCCGAAGAAGAGAAGGAUUGAGUCUCCGAAGCUGAGAGAUUCUCUUUCUCCUCCUCCCCAAAGUUCUUCCGUCGCGUCGCAAACGAGGGCUUCAUCACAGGUGAGGACGACCUUGUCUUCUGCUGCCGAGAAGACUCCGGAGAGGGUGAUUGUCCUUGACUCUCCUCCUUCUUCGGAUCAAGAUGACGAGGAGUCCCGUCAAGACGAGAGUGCGUCUCGUCAAGAUGAUGAUCUGGGAACUCCGCAACGUGAUGCUUUACCUGCUCAGGGAGAGGAGUUCCUUACUUCUCGCGACGACGGUCCCUCUUUUGAUCAGCGCAGGAACGGCGGUCCUGAGGAAGGUGGAUCGUCUCGUCGUCCUGGAGAGGAUCCCUUCGAUGAUGAUGAGAAGAUGUCUCUUUAUUCAGAGGCAGGUGGUUCUGUUCUUGAGUCUAAUCCUGGUGCUAAGGAUGAUGUCGAGGUGCCAAAGACUGAGCCCGGGAGUUGUAAUCCUAAUGUGGUGAAGACAUGGUGA